UUGACAGUGACAUUUGCGAACUGAAUAAUUAUAACCUCUUAACUCUUUUGAAAAUGAACUAACAUUACAAAACAGCUAUAAAACAUUAUUAACCAUUGAAUUUCUAUGCAUAUAGUGAAAAGUUUCAAAUAUGUUGUCUAUAAAGAGACUACCUACACUAUCCGUGUCAAAAAUUCAGUCAAAAUUACGCUUUGAUUUGGGUAAUGGCUCAUUGCGACACAUAAACAAAACUUACCACAAUAACUUUGUGAAUAUUUGCCGAACAUUCUCGCAAUUGCAUAAUUUGACUUACAAGUCCAAAAAUAUGCAACACACUUUGAAGCAAGAAUAUAAAGCAGCAUGUGCCUUACUACAGAGAUCAAAUCUACCCAGCUUUAGUACAGUGUUUAAUAGUUUACAACAUAGACAACUACAUACAACAAGAAGAAAUUGCAACAAGAAAGAUGAUAAUGAUAAGGAGAAGAAAGAUAAAAAGAAUGAGGAGUUUGCAUCAUUACUUAUGAAAGCAGCAUUUUGGAUGUUCACAACAUGUGUACUAAUACUGAUGAGUUCAAUACUUGUGCCGGGAGAUAAUACUCAAAAUGAGCUCAUACGUUAUGUAUCAUGGAAUGAGUUUGUGUACUCAAUGUUAUCAAUGGGAGAAGUGGAGGAGCUUAUUGUGAGACCUGAUUUGGAAGUAGUCACUAUUAUAUUACACGAGGGCGCCGUCAUUAAAGGAAAACGAACAAAUCACCGUGUCUAUCACAUGAAUGUGGGUGACAUGCACAGAUUUGAAGAAAAAUUAAGGGAAACCGAAAAAAACUUGGGCGUAAAAGAAGGUGUCCGAAUAAUAUACGAUAGAAAUGGUAGUGUAGCCGGGAAAGUGAUAACCACACUCCUGAUUGGCGCCGUUAUACUGUCCUUCCUUUACUCUACCAAGAGUAUGAAGAUGAACAUCAACAUAGGUGGUUUAAAUCAACUCAGUCGUGCAAAGUUCACGCUAGUUGAUUCCAUGACUGGUCAAGGUAAAGGAGUAAAAUUUGAAGACGUAGCCGGUCUGCGAGAGGCUAAGAUCGAAGUGAUGGAGUUUGUUGACUAUCUCAAGAGACCUGAGCAUUACAAGAGCUUGGGAGCUAAGGUGCCAAAGGGCGCAUUGCUCCUCGGUCCACCGGGUUGUGGCAAAACUCUGCUGGCUAAAGCGGUAGCUACAGAGGCAAACGUACCAUUCUUAUCCAUGAAUGGCUCCGAGUUUAUUGAGAUGAUCGGCGGUUUGGGAGCAGCCAGAGUCAGAGAUCUAUUCAAAGAAGCGUGCUCCCGCGCACCCUGUAUUAUAUACAUAGAUGAGAUGGACGCGGUGGGGCGCGCACGGUCCUCGGGUACCUCCUCCUGGGGUCCCGGGGGAGGCGAGGGGGAGCAGACCCUCAACCAACUCCUCGUCGAGAUGGACGGCAUGAAAAGCCGCGAGGGUGUCGUGGUCCUUGCCUCCACUAACAGAGCUGAUGUGCUCGAUAAGGCUUUACUUCGUCCUGGACGCUUCGACCGGCACAUACUGAUCGACCUGCCCACGCUACAGGAACGAGAGGAAAUAUUUGAAAGGCAUCUUAAAAAUAUAGUCCUGGAACAACUUCCAGACUACUAUGUUAAAAGAUUAGCGUACCUGACGCCUGGCUUCAGCGGCGCGGACAUAGCGAAUGUUUGCAACGAGGCGGCGUUGCACGCGGCGCGCCACAAACAAAACAUUGUGCGUGCGGCAAACUUAGAGUAUGCAGUCGAACGGGUUGUUGGUGGUACAGAGAAACGAAGUCACGCGAUGUCACCGGCCGAGAAAAAAAUAGUCGCGUACCAUGAGUCGGGGCAUGCACUGGUCGGCUGGCUGCUGGAGCACACCGACGCGCUGCUCAAAGUGACCAUAGUGCCUCGCACUAACAUGGCGCUCGGCUUUGCUCAGUACACCACGUCGGAUCAGAAACUGUACUCUAAAGAGGAGCUAUUCGACCGCAUGUGUAUGGCGCUGGGUGGACGCGCGGCCGAGGCGAUCACCUUUAACUCGAUCACCAGCGGGGCGCAGAACGAUUUAGAAAAAGUCACUAAGAUUGCGUACGCGCAGAUCAGAGUUUACGGCAUGUCGCCAACAGUGGGACUAUUGUCCUUCCCUGACCUGAAGCAGCAUGGAAGCAGCCCCUUCAGCAAAAGCCUCAAGAAUUUGAUAGACCUUGAGGCGCGCAAAUUGAUAGCAAACGCGUAUUUCACUACAGAACAAUUGUUGAGGAACAAUCAGGACAAAUUGAAACAGUUAGCAGAAGAGCUUCUAAAGAAGGAAACAUUGAACUUCAAAGAAGUUCAAGCUAUACUCGGACCGCCGCCUUUCCCUGGAAAGAAGUUCAUCGACCCCGUGGAAUUCGAAACAAACUUAAAGAAUAUGGAGAAAGCAGCGACUGCUGAAGACAACACGCCCAUCGGCGCGCCGUCAGCCAAACCAGAGACUCCAGCCGGCUUGUAAAUAUGCUUGAAGUAGAACUGGACUCAAUCGCGUAUUCCUAAUAAAAUAGUAAGCAAAGACUAACGUUGUUAUUUAAUUCGCCUGAUUUGGAUAUAUAUGUAAUUUUCCAUUAUCAAUAGACGGAGGUAAAAAUUUGCUUAAUUCAUCUUCUUUUGUAAUUUUUAAAGAUUUAACACAUGGCAUAUAGUAAGUAUAUGUUUUACAGAGAAGUAGCAAAUUUGUAUUUUAGUGUAAAUACCCAAAUUUCACUCAAUUUUAUUAUAUUAUCAUAUUCAACCAGAGUCGAUUCCACUGAUGCAGUACUAUGCGACAUAAAAUCAGGUGAAAUAAUAGCGCCACAGCGAUAUUUAUGUAUGCAAUAGGACUAAUACUAUUAAUAGCACACAUAAAAUCAUUUAACAUGAUAUAAUGAAAUAAUGAAUAGAAACUAGUAAUUAAAAUAAAAUCCAGUGUUAUUUUUAUGAUAAACUAAAUACCAGUUAUGCCUUACAGUUCGGUCUUAAAAGAAGUUAUAUGAAGUUAUUUAUUUGUAACUAAGAUUGUGUAGUUUUUUUGGACUCUAGGCUUAUUCAAUUGAAUUGUCAAGAGCAAGUAGCCAAUAAAAUGCCCCUAAAUUAUCAUAUUUAAAGCUUGCGGAUAAUGUGAACGAACAUUCUUAUUAUCACAUCUAUCACCCACUAUUAUGUACUUGAAUAUCAACUUCAGAAAUAAUUACACUUCAAAAUAAAUAAAACAAGUCAUUUGUUCACAUUGUCUGUAAAUUAUGAUAGUUUUUUUGUAGAUAAUUGUUGAUCAUUGUGCAAUAAAAAUCAAAUAUGUA